CAGUGUGUAGUGAACACAGAGUGAAUUGAGAAAUCGAAACUCCAGUUGGUCCACCCAGACGUCACCCCAUAAGUCCAUCACCCUUGCCGUUUUUGUUCUCAAAGGCAGUAAUCGCAAGUCGCCACUUCAUCUGGCUGGCAAUUCCGACACGCCACCAAUUCGACGUUUUUAAACAUCCGUUACACACACGCCUUGGACAACUAUUCACAACACUAGACCAUUAGACAGCUAGAGAAAACAGUUACACAGUAUGAAGUUUGGCAGGAAUCUCCCUCGUAACCAAGUCCCCGAGUGGGCAUCCUCAUAUAUCGACUAUAAGGGUCUCAAAAAAUUGAUCAAGGUUGCGGCGGGGAAAGCAGCCAAGUCAGGGGAGAAGGCGGACUUAGCAGAGUUCUUCUUUGCCCUGGACCGUAAUCUGGAAGACGUCGAUUCCUUCUACAACAAGAAAUUUUCUGAAGCCCACCGACGACUCAAACUGCUCCAGGACCGCUACGGGAGAAACCCCGAAGUUGUCACGGAUCUUGACGAUGACGAGGUGGAGGAGCUUAUGGGAGCUCUGCUUGAGCUCCGGAACCAGUUGAGAAAUCUACAAUGGUUCGGAGAGAUAAACCGCAGAGGCUUCAUGAAGAUAACGAAAAAGCUGGAUAAAAAGUUGCCAAAUACGACCACUCAACAUCGAUAUAUCACCACCAAGGUCGACCCAAAGCCGUUCGCAAAGGACACGACCAUAGCUCGGUUGGUUACCGAGAUCAACAAAUGGCUCUCCGUACUAGGCGACUCGCAGAAUCUGGACGAUUCCAAGUCUGACAAGUCUGCCCGAUCAGCCCGGUCACUAGGAAGAGCAUCUGUAAAAGCUCUGCUGAGUGUACCACACACUGUCUUCGACACUCUUGAGCAAGCUGUCCGGAAGGACAACGUAGCCGCUUUGAAAACUGCUUUGGUCGCUGGAAAUCUCGUCUUGCUGGACCCAGCAUCUCAGUCAAUGCUCUUGAACCUGCUUCAAAGGUCGAUCUCCUCGCGUUCGAAAGCAUGUAUCGCAUACCUCGUCCAACAGGUUAAGUCCCUGAUUGAAACCGAUGACUUGAACGAGCGCAACUGCAUUCACCGUCUCGUCAUUCACAUUGGCAGGACAAAGUCAGCCAACGCUGGUGACAUGGAACCCAAUGCUGUACAAUUUCCCGUGAGCUCCCACUACAAUAGUCACUAUGCGGCGCCCAACACACCUGGUCUUUUGCCACGUUCAGAGUCAGAAAACCAGACGGUUCUCCUCAGCAAAGAUGAUGAAGCGGUUCAAAUUUUGACCUACCUAUUGGACUGUCUGCAGCCUGCACAACGUUCUGCACUGGUGGCCCGAGACUCGUUAGGUCGGUUCCCUCUUCACUACGCUGCGCAGUUCGGCUUUGUUGUUCUGUGUGAGAUCAUCAUGGCCAAAAUGCAGGAGUGGGGUCUGUUCAAUGUUGAAAAGGGUAUCGAUGCUCCUGACUGGCAAGACAAAGAAGGCAACGCACCUCUCCAUCUGGCUGUGAUUGGUGGUCACCCUCUGACAACUAAGGCCCUCCUCCAGGGUGAAGACUGGCGUGGUGAUGGUGGAGCAAUUGCUCACUCCAGAGGAACAGUCUCAAAGUCUAGUGUCGUGCUAGCUAUUGCCACUAAAGCAAACUUUACAGCUAUUGUCAAGAUGCUGGUAGAGGCUGGCAUAGAUAUUAAUUGGCAAGACGAGACAGGGAACACAGCGCUGCACCUGGCUGCUCGCUUUGGCCAUGUCCAGUGUGCCCAGACAUUACUGGCAGGUUCCCCCGAGCAGAAGGCAAACCUGGAAUUAUCAGAGAAAUCUUUCGCCUGGACGCCACUACACAUUGCUGCUGUUGAUGGCCAUCUUCCAGUUGCCCAACUUCUAGUUGAAGCUGGAGCCGAAGUUGGAAAGAUGGAUGCUUUUGGUUGGACUGCUAAAGAGCAUGCCGCACUCAGGGGUCACAUGGACAUUGCUGAUCUCCUGCUUCAGCAUACUGAACCUGUUUUAUCACUCUCUGGCUCCGAGGAAUCCGAGGCUUCCACCAGCAGCUCGUCCCCCCCCGAGUUCUCAUCACUGGAAGAUAGGAAGUCAAACGGGAGCACAAGGGUUGCGGAGCCCGUCAAGUCCUUCGGUCAUCGGUAUCUGAGAGACGCGAGCCUUAUCAUGGUCAGUUUAGGCUCAAUGGAUAUGCGGAAGAACACCGAGGCCGUAAAGUUGGACCGGGUUCCUCUUGCAGAGGCUCACACCAAUCAAUUGGACACUGCGCUGUCUGUUGUGAUAUCUGCCCAGGGUGCCCAGGGUGAGCCAUCAAUUGUUGACCUUCCGGUGGACGAACAUUAUUCCACUGAUCCGGUUCUAUUCCAUGCCAAGGACAUCUCAAAGGUCAAGCUUCUAUUCGACAUCGUACCGACUUACUCUGGAAAUGAGAAGAACAAGGUCGGUCGAGGAGUUGCUCUAUUGUCGACAGUGAGGCCCACAAUUGGAACCAAGAGAAUGAACCUCCAAGGCGAUGUUUGCGUCCCUAUCAUGGCCGCAAACCUGGAAGUCAUUGGCACGGUGAACUUCAACUUCUUGGUCAUCACACCUUUUUCGCAUCCAAACAUGGAGGUCAACUCGCAGCAGACAUACUGGAAGAAGAUGUCUUCGACAAUGGUCAUCGGCCACCGCGGUCUUGGAAAGAACCUGACUACAAACAAGUCCUUGCAGCUUGGCGAGAAUACAGUCCCAUCCUUCAUCGCGGCUGCCAACCUUGGUGCCAACUACGUUGAAUUUGAUGUCCAGCUCACCAAAGACCAUGUGCCGGUUAUUUAUCAUGAUUUCCUAGUCAGUGAGACGGGUAUAGACGCACCCGUUCACACAUUGACCUUAGAACAAUUCCUGCACAUCAACUCAGAUUCGGGAUCGAGGAAUCACAGGAAUUCACCUGACAUUGCGAGUAGAGAUAUUGAGAGAAUCCGAAACAAUUCUCCAGGACCACGGCAGAGAUCGCUGUCCAUGGGCUUUGCGGGCGACGGUAACAACGAGCUCGAAGAGCGCAUGAAGCACACGCGAGACUUCAAAGCCAAGGGUUUCAAGGGCAACACCCGUGGCAACUUUAUCCAGGCCCCAUUCGCAACUUUGGAAGACCUCUUCAAGUGUCUACCGGAGCAUGUUGGCUUCAACAUCGAGAUGAAAUAUCCCAUGCUCCACGAGACUGAAGAACAGGAGAUGGACACCUACGCGGUGGAGCUCAACUCCUUCUGUGACACAGUACUUGCAAAGGUUUACGACUUGGCUAAGAAUCGAAACAUCAUCUUCAGCAGUUUUAACCCGGACAUAUGCCUGUGUCUCAGCUUCAAGCAACCCAGCAUCCCUAUCAUGUUUCUAACCGAUGCUGGGACCUGUGCUGUGGGAGAUAUCCGAGCGAGCAGUCUACAAGAAGCAAUUCGAUUCGCCAGUCGUUGGAACUUGCUGGGAAUUGUCAGCGUUUCCAAGCCCUUCGUCAACAGCCCCCGGCUGGUCAAGGUUGUCAAGCAAAGUGGCUUGGUGUGCGUCAGUUAUGGCGCUCAGAACAAUGAUCCGAUGUUGGUUCAGCGGCAAGUGAAGGAGGGUAUUGACGCGGUAAUUGUUGACAACGUUCUGGCGAUUCGGAAGGGAUUGACCAAGGAUGAGGCGAAAGCGAUCAAGGAGAUGUCGGAGCACUUAGAUACAGGCAAUCCACUUGAAAACGGCACGAAUGGUACGAGCAGCGCCGAGAAGGUCUCGGGUGACAACGAUGUCCAAACCGCAGUCGCUGCAAAGGCAUGAUCGCGAGGCAAUACGUCCCGUCCCAGCCUGAGCUAGAUCGGGUAGACGGGGCGAAGGGAGCAGAGCGUGUUGUGUUUGCUUUGGGCAUAUUAACUCAGCGUGCACGUACAGAGGAUACAUAUGAUCUACGGGACAGGAUUACUGGCAUACGAGGUUUCGAGCCAAUAACAUAAGUUGUGGUGGGCAUGAGUUGCCCGGUUUUUCCUUGA